GCCAGCUGGUUUCUAAGGCAACGACUAAAAACAUAUCUUGCAGGUGGCUGCGGCCGGAGGUGGUGCAACCGGCCUUGACUACGGAAGCCGUGGGAGCUUCAAUGAAGUAAAAUGGAUUCUUUAAAACCAGAGGAGAAUAAAUGUCCUUUUGUGGAUAUAUUCGAUGAGGAUGAAACUGAGAAAAACUUUAUGUUGUCCAAACCUCUCUGCAUCAUUAUAUUUGGGAAACCAGGGGUUGGAAAGACCACAUUAGCUCAAAAAAUAUCACAGACAUGGAAAUGUACUCUUGUUGAAGCACUCCCACUUUUAGAAGAACAUAUUGCUAGUGGAACUCAACUUGGAAUUAUGUUGAACGAUUUACUCAUUAAAGGACAAAGCAUUCCAGAUGAACUGGUUUUGAGGAUGUUGUUGGAGAAGCUCCAUUCUCUGGAAGUUAUUCACUUUGGUUAUGUUCUCAGUGGGCUGCCAUCUCUCACAGAGGAUGCAAUGACUAUUUUAGAACAGAUAGAAUUAAUUAAAAACCUGAGCUUAAAACCAGAUAUCAUCAUUAAUAUUAAGUGUCCUGAUUAUGACUUAUGCCAAAGACUUUCUGGACAAAGACAACAUAGUCUUACAGGAUUCACAUAUAUGCGAGAACAGUGGGAUCCUGAAGUUAUUGAGAGUCGUAGAAAGAAGAGGAAAGAUUCGCACAAAGAAAAAGAAGGAAAAGGAGAAGAGGAGGAAGAGGAAGUAGAAGAGGAAGAAGAAGAGAUGUUCAUUGCAGAGAUGCAAAUGGUGGCAGAAAUUUUUCGUCAUUUGGUGCAGAGGCCUGAAGAUUUUACAGAAAAUAUUGAAGAAAGUAUCCACCAUUAUAGAAAUGAAAUGCUACGCCUUCUAGAGGAAAUGAUGGCUGACCAUGAUUCUCAGUUUCUUAUUGAACUAGAUGGAAAUAAGACUGCAGAAGAGCUCCACAGGUCAGUAAUAGACAGAUUUGAUUGCCUUGGACUGAAAAGGGCAGCGGUUAUAACCAGACUUCAGAGUUCUGAAGAAGAACUAUCAGAGGCCAUGGAUAAUGAUGAAUUAUUCCGGACUCUUUCAUCUUAUAAAUUAAUCGCACCUAGAUAUAGAUGGCACAGAAGCAGAUGGGGGAGAGCUUGUCCUGUUGCUUUAAAAGAAGGGAACAUUUUAAUGGGAUUGCCAGAUUUGAGUGUCAGUUUCCUAGGUAAAAUGUACUGUCUUUCAUCUGAAGAGGCACUCAGUACAUUUAUGAGGAAUCCACGUCCCUACCUUCUUCCACCAAUGCCACUUCCACCAUGUAAAGUUUUUGUAUAUGGACCAAAAUCCUCAGGAAAAACAACUCUUUGUCAUUUAAUUGCAGCUAAAUACAGAGGACAAGUUCUUGACUUUAACCAACUUAUGGAACCACAUGUUGAAGAAGCCAAAAGAUUAUACCUAGAGACAGCUAAAGCUGAGGCAACAGAAGCAGCUAUUAAAUCUGUGAUAGAUAGGCUGCAAGUAGAAAAAAUGAUUAAAAAACAUGAGUUUAAGGAAUUAAAAGAAGAUGAUGAAAAUAAGUCUGAUGAAUCAAAACUGGAAGAAAAAGCCUCAUUGAAAAAAGUUGGGGAGGAAGAACCCACUGAAGGAAAAAGCUCAGAAGAUAAAAUCCCAGAAGAAAAAAGUGAAGAGCAAAACCCAGAAGAAAACCCAGAAGAUGAGAGCAGUGAAAAAAAAAAUAAAGAAGAUACUUCAUCUACUAGUGUCAAACAAGUCAGUGAAUCUGUGGAUGACAGUGACUCCAAAACAGACCAGGAAACAACUCAUGAAAUCAAAGAUGAAUCAGAAUCUUCAGAUGUAGUGGUAACUGCUGAUCAUCCCGAUGUCCAGGAAUUAGUUGAAGAAGCCAUGAAAGUUGCAAAUGAGGUUCCGAUUGAACUCCAAUUUGAGCAACAAGCUGAUAUUUUGGAACAAGUCUAUAACAAUCUUGCUGAGAAAAACAAGGAAAGGUUUCCUGGUGCACCAAAAAAUGGAGGAUGGGUGAUGGAUAAUGCUCCUAUGAUUCGAGAGUUCUGGGCAGCCAUAAGCCAUAAAGAAAUUCUUCCUGAUAUCAUCGUCAUAUUAGAAGAUUCAGAAGAUCAAGGAAAAUAUUUGCUUCAUAGGCUGUUUUUAGAGAACAAAUCUGAUAUUGUUGCUAAACUAAUGGCAAGAAAAGUGGAAGAAGAAGAAGAAAUUAGGGCACUCGAACAAUCUCAAAGAAAAACAGAUGAACCAACAGUUAAAUUUGAAGAUGAUAGUAAGAAAAAAGAGGCUGAGAAAACUGAAGGACCUGCACCAGAAACUGAAGCUACCACGGAGGAGCCCGAGGCCGAAGUGGAAGCUGAGGUGACCGAGGCAACCAUAGAAUCUGAGGCCCCAGUACUGGAAGGAGAGGAGUCUGAAGUUACAGCAGAACCUGAGGCUGAGGUUGAGGCUGAGUUAGCCACUUCUUCUGUUUUAAAAGAACCAUCAUCCUUGACCGUACAGGAAGAGGUUCCAAAAGAGACUGAUCCAUUAAAAGGAAUAUUACCUGAAUAUCCAGAAGACGGUUACCCUGAUAUCCCAGAAAUGGAGCCAAUAAAAGAACUUCCUAGAAUUUUCAUAAAUAAUUGGAAAGGCUUAGAGACGUUGAUUGCUGAAUUGCCUUUGGUUCAGACAUUAACCUUGGAGAUUGCUGAGAAAACUCCAGAGCAGCUACUUCAGCAAGUAGUUGAGGCUAUGGACAGACCUUUCAAAUAUAUUGGAUGGGAAAUGAGUUUGGAAGAUUAUGAUGAAGAAGCAGAUGACUUUCAAGCUGAUGCAGAAGCUGAGGAAGAGUUAGAUGAAGAUGAACAAGAAGAAAAUGAAGAAGAUGAUGAAGAAAGACUUAAAGAGAAAAAGAGACAUUUGGGAGACACAAAGAACUUUUGUCCCUUGGCUCUCAAAGAAAAGUUUAUGCUAUUCCCAGGUUCCACAGAGGAUGGAGCUAAGUAUCGAGAAAGGGUUUACUAUUUUUCAAGUAUUGAAGCAAGAGAGAAGUUUUUGGAGAACUCUGAAGACUAUGUGGCUCAUGAAGAACCAUUAAAGGCUCCUCCACUGAGAAUAUGCCUUUUAGGUCCUCAUGGAUCUGGCAAGACUGUCUGUGGUCGAUGGUUAGCCGAAAAAUUUGGCAUAUUUCACAUUCAGUUUGAAGAAUUUCUGCAGGAAAAAAUCAUGCUCAAGACGGAGAGGAGAGUUGGGCCUGAAUACGAUGAAGAAGUUGAGGAAGAAGCAGCUGAAAAACAAGAACUAGAAGAAAUUGCUGCUCAGGCUAAUAUUAUACUUGAGAAGGAAAAAAGCAAACCGAAUAAAGAAAUAUUGUUCACUGAUGAGGAAGAAGCUAUUAAAGCAAACCUUGUAGAAAAUGAAGCUUUACCACCUGAAAUUUUGGAUCUCUAUCUUUCCGAAUGGUGGCUUAAAGAACCAAUACGUUCCACAGGCUUUAUCCUAGAUGGAUACCCACGAAAUAUAGAUGAGGUACAAUUUCUAGGUGAGCACGGAUUUUGCCCGGAUGUUGUUAUUGGUCUUUUAGUUGAAGAACAAGAAAUUAUAGAUCGCCUACUUGCUGAAGCUGUUGCAAAGUGGAAAAAUAAACAAGAAAAAAAGGCCGCGAGAACUAAAAUGAUUAAAGCAAUGCGGGUGAAAAUUAGGGAAGAUCAGAUUGCUAAAAGAAGGGCUGAGCUUAUAGCAGAGAGAGAGAAAAGAAAAAGACCAGAGUCAAGCAGGGAUGAAGAGGACAUAAGUGAAGAAGAGGCUGAAGAAGAGGAAGAAGAUAAUAUUGAGGCUAUUCUGGAAGAAGAGUUCCCAAAAGAUGAGGAAGAGAUGAGUGAGGAAGAAGAACAGGAAGAAGAGGCUAUUGACAGAAUAAAAACUGAAAUGGGAGAGAAGUUUGAAACAGAUAUGAAUAACCUGCAAAUCAUACAGGAGGAAUUUGAAAAAUUAUUGAUUCCAUUUAUUUCCAUUCCGGGAGGACGGAAGCUUCAUAUUAUACGUUAUCUGUUGCAUAAGAAACUGAAGCCUCUGGUGGAAAAUCGUGAAAGUAUCUUUGAGAAAUGUUAUUCAAUAUCAUUAACACUUGCUCAGAAAAUGCUUAGUCUCACCUACAAAUAUCCAAGCUCAUUUGGUCAGUGGGACCCUGUAAAGCUAUAUGAAGGAGAUGCUAUCAAACCUUUAGUGAAUGAAAAUAAUCCAACCUAUCCUGUGAUCCAUCGACAAUAUAUUUAUUUUUUAUCCGACAAAGUAAAUAGGGAUAAAUUUAUGAAGAACCCAAUCAAAUAUAUCCGUCAGCCCAAACCAAAACCUGCUGUGCCCAUCAGGAUUGCAGUUGUUGGUCCUCCAAAAUCUGGGAAAACUACAAUUGCCAAAAAAUUUGCACAGGAAUAUGGCUUACAGCGUUUGUCAGUAGGAGAUGCCAUGCGUACAAUACUGAACCAGCAUCCAGAAACAGAGUUGGCACUUAUGUUAAACUGGCAUCUUCAUAAAGGAUUAACAACACCUGAUGAGCUGGCUAUCCAGGCUUUAGAAAUUGCUCUGAUGGAUACUGUGUGCAAUACUGCAGGGGUCGUAAUUGAUGGAUUCCCUGUCACAAGACAUCAGGUGGACCUCUUGGAAUCGAGGAGUAUCAUUCCUGUGAUAAUUUUUGAAUUACAAGUCCCUACAAAGGAGAUUUUUAAGCGAGCACUACUAGAUAAUCAAGCUAGUGAAAAUUUACCUUAUCCACUACAUAACAGCUCACAGAUUUUGUCUAUCAAGAUCUCAUGUCUAAACAAGCACAGAGCUGUUAUUAAGGAAUUCUAUGAAGAAGAACAUCAGAACUGGUAUGUAAUCGAUGGAUUUCACAGCAAAUGGUGGGUGUGGAAUGAAAUCCUUGAGAACGUUCAGACGAUGAAUAAACGCAUCCAGCUGUAUUUGGAAAGAAUACAAGCAGGGAAAGCUGCAAGCAUUAACAAGCUAUGCAUCACUCCUCGAGAGCUGAUUUCUCGACUGGGAGAAUUUGGACAAUAUUGCCCUGUCAGUUUGGCAGAAAAGGGUGAACUGGUUGACUGCUCUGUAACCAGCUCCCUCGAAUUUUCAGCUGAAUUCAGAGGACACUAUUAUAAAAUGGCUUCUAAAGUAGAACUGGAUAAAUUCCUGGAAAACCCAGAAAUAUAUGUGGCUCCAUUGGCACCUAAUCCUCUGCCACCUCCAGAGCUAUUACCCAAAAGGCUGACAGCCGCAGAAGUAAAGAACCGAUUCCCUAAAAGCGCAGAACUUCAGGGAUAUUGUCCAAUCACUUACCUGGACGGGAAACAGAGAUAUGAAGCCCUAAUUCCUGGAAAUAUUGAAUAUGCUUUGGAGUAUCGUGAGUGUAUAUACUUUUGUGAGAGUGAAGACAAACUGCAGAAAUUCUUGAGGUUACCAGAGAAAUACUGGAAUCAGAAACUUCCAAACAAACUUCCUCCUAUUAGGGAGCCAAUAUCACUUACCAGCCUUCCUUUGCCUGGAUACCUGGAGCAGGGUGCAGCAACUUCUCUAAUUAAAGCCAUGAAUGAAGUAGGCUGCUUAAAGCCCAAAUUUCCCUUCCAAAGUGCAAAAAGAUCUGCCUUAGUCUACAUAGCAUUUCAUCUAAAAGCAUUUAAUCCUAAAGGUUCUGAAUAUUCACGGAAAAAAUAUAAGAAGAAGCUGGAGCAGUUUAUAGAAAGAUGUGAACUCAUCCCUUAUUUAGGUUCCAAGAUGACCAGAAAAUACAAGGAACCUCAAUUUAGAGCUAUUGACUUUGACCAUAAAUUACAGACCUUUCUCUCUCUUAAAAAUGUGAACCCAGUCACUGGUUAAUUUUGUUUGACUAUGCACAAUGAUGUAUGAUUAGAUAAAACUCCUAUGGGAAAAUCCCCAUAAUUGAGGAUAAGAAAAGAAGAUCAAAUGCUACCAUAAUCUCUAUUCUCUAUUUUUCAAGUUACCUUCUGGGUGCUUCCAUCCAUCAGAAAGGAAUAUCUUUCUAAGCAUAGGAUUUCAGAUCAAAGGAAGUAUCUCUUUUUGGCUGAGUUUUAGUGUUUUAACAAAAGAAUAGUCAUAUAAUAAUAUUACUUGCCAAAACAUGCUUUAGAAUGCUAUUAAAAGUAACCAUGUUUCUUUGCUUUAUUAGUUUUUCUUUAAAAUAGGUUAACAGAGGAAUUGAAUAGUCUUUUUGAUCAUUAGAGAAAGAUGCUCAUUAAAUAUAGUAUAGAUAAAUAUAGUAUAAAUAAAUAAAAAUAGCAUAGAUGUAAGUAAAAUAAGAAUGUUAGGGGUAUUCUCAAUAUAUGGGAUUGUUUUGUAAGCAGAAUGGACAUAAUGCUACCUUAAAACCUUCCCUAUCUACAUGUAAAUAAA